AUGUUUGAAGCAUACGAAGAAGACGUUGACUUGGAAAUUGAUCUGGUGGUAGCCAACAAUCCUUACGCUGCUGUUAACGAUGACAUGCUUGACGAGGCAAUGCAUCAGCAACAGCAGUAUGCGCAAGAAGUUGAAAUUCCUGAUGUCGUGAGAAAUUUCAUAGUGUAUUUCCAUCGUAAUAUAUUGGAGAAUAACGUGUACGAAUUACAUGGAAUUUAUGAAAAUUCCUUUAAUCGAUUGACUGAACACUAUUAUCCGAAAUCUCCUUGGCCCGAGGCUGAUUAUAUUGUUCCAUUAGUCGAUAACGACCAGGUUUUCCUGACCCUCUAUCGUGAAUUGUAUUUUCGACACAUUUACUCCAAAUUGACUCCCACGAUCGAACAUCGGUUUGCAUCGUACGAGAAUUAUUGCGAUUUAUUUAAUUAUAUAUUGAAUUCUGACGGACCAGUCGGACUAGAACUACCAAAUCAAUGGUUAUGGGAUAUAAUUGACGAGUUUAUUUAUCAAUUUCAGUCAUUUUGCAACUACAGAAACAGACUUAGGACUAAAACCGAAGAAGAAAUAGCUUUGCUGAGGGACAAUAUUCAGGUGUGGAGCUGUUAUAGUGUAUUGAAUGUCUUGUAUUCACUCAUAACAAAAUCAAGGAUAAUGGAACAACUGGUCGCCAGUAAAAAUGGAGGCGAUAUGACUGAAGCAGCUGGCGAAUAUGGUUCUCGUCCUUUAUACAAGAUGCUUGGAUAUUUUAGCAUCAUUGGACUAUUACGUGUUCAUUGUCUGCUGGGCGAUUACACUUUGGCACUAAAGAUGAUGGAUAACAUUGAAUUGAACAAGAAGGCACUUUUUGCGAGAGUAACAGCUUGUCACGUAACAACUUACUACUACGUUGGAUUCGCAUAUAUGAUGAUGAGACGAUAUGCAGAUGCAAUAAGAGCAUUCUCACACAUACUUGUUUUUAUCACACGGACAAAGAUGUAUCACACACGCUCCUAUCAAUUCGACCAGAUAAACAAAAAAGGGGAUCAGAUGUAUGCAUUACUGGCAAUAUGUAUUGCACUAUGUCCUACUCGGUUGGAUGAUAAUGUUCACACGUUGCUUCGAGAAAAAUAUGGUGACCAACUGUCAAAGAUGCAGAAAGGGGAAGAAGCAUUGCCAGUGUUCGAAGACCUGUUUCUUUACGCGUGUCCUAAAUUCAUUUCUCCAAACGGUCCUAAUUUUGAAGACCCGUCCAGCUGGCUGUUGACAAUAGAACCGCCCCAUCAUCACGCGAGGAUAUUCCAAGAUGAAGUGAAGAAUCAAAUACACAUGGCUACUAUUCGAUCGUUCUUAAAAUUAUAUACCACAAUGGGCAUCGAUAAGCUUGCCAAAUUUUUGGAAAUGGAACCAGAGGAAUUACGCACACAGCUACUUAUAUUCAAACAAAAAUCACGGCAACAGAAAUGGGUUAGCGGUACUUUACUCGAAGGAGAGUAUGUGACUACUUCUGAUUUGGAUUUUUGUCUUAAAGAGGAUAUGGUACACAUUGCGGAAUCCAAGGUUGGCAGACGUCAUGGAGAUUGGUUCUUGAGAAAUAUUAACAAGUGUCAGGACAUUCUGGCUAGUCUUGAGGCGCGCAGUUGA